UGCCAUUACAUUUGUUCAUUCAUCUUUGCAACGAUUUGUGUGCUUUAGCUUCCUUACAAUAACAUGGCUUCUAAAACUAAAGCCUCAUUGGUUACCCUUUUCCUCUCCUUCAAUCUCCUCUUCUUCGCCAUAGUCACUGCAACUAAUACUGAUUGUGCCUUCUGCCCUUAUCAUCCUCCUGGUAGCGGUGGCAGUGGAGGUGGAGGUUCGGGCAGUGGAGGUGGAGGUGGAAGUGGAGGUGGAGGUUCGGGCAGUGGAGGUGGAAGUGGAGGUGGUGGUUCAGGCAGUGGAGGUGGCGGUUCAGGCAGUGGAGGUGGAGGUGGAGGUGGAAGUGGGGGUGGAGGUGGAGGUGGAGGUGGAAGUGGAGGUGGAGGUGGAGGUGGAGGUGGAGGUGGAGGUGGACAAGUAAGGUGUCCAAGAGAUGCUUUGAAACUUGGUGUGUGUGCUAAUAUACUUAAUUUGGUGAAUGUAGUAGUGGGGUCUCCACCAACUUUGCCAUGCUGCAGUUUGAUACAGGGACUGGUAAAUCUAGAGGUGGCAGCUUGUUUGUGCACAGCCAUAAGAGCAAACAUACUGGGCAUAAAUCUGAAUGUGCCACUCACUCUUAGCCUCAUUCUCAACAACUGUGGAAUGAAUAAUAGUGGCUUCACUUGCUAAGCAUUCUGCUCUUUC